AUCCCACUUCGUUCGCACUCGUCCGUCCGUCCGUCAUGCGGGACGCAUCGGCACCGGAGCCGGCGCGAACGCACGCGCUCGCGCACACACCUGAUGGCGACCCGUGAGCGCGCCGGGACCCAGCAUGCCCAACCGAACGGAGCCCGAGCCGCGGCAGAUGCUGGCUCGCGCGCUCACCGGGUGCCUGCUGUGCGCUCUGAUCCUCUGGACUCUGUUCGGGAACGUCCUGGUGUGCGCCGCCGUGCUGCGCUUCCGCCACCUGCGCACCAAAGUCACGAACAUCUUCAUCGUGUCGCUGGCCGUGUCGGACCUGUUCGUGGCCGUGCUGGUGAUGCCGUGGAAGGCGGUGGCGGAGGUGGCCGGCUUCUGGCCGUUCGGCGCCUUCUGCGACAUCUGGGUGGCGUUUGACAUCAUGUGCUCCACCGCGUCCAUCCUGAACCUGUGCGUGAUCAGCGUGGACCGCUACUGGGCCAUCAGCAGCCCGUUCCGCUACGAGCGCAAGAUGACCCCGCGCGUGGCCUUCGUGAUGAUCGGCGCGGCGUGGACGCUGUCCGUGCUCAUCUCGUUCAUCCCGGUGCAGCUGGACUGGCACAAAGCCGCCGCCGCCGCCACCGCGGAGGAGCGCAACGCCACCGAGCCGGUGCCCGGCGGAGGAGGCGACGACGAGGACAACUGCGACUCGAGCCUGAACCGCGAGUACGCCAUCUCGUCGUCCCUCAUCAGCUUCUACAUUCCCGUGGCGAUCAUGAUCGUCACGUACACGCGGAUCUACCGCAUCGCGCAGAUCCAGAUCCGGAGGAUCGCCUCGCUGGAGCGCGCGGCCGAGCACGCGCAGAGCUGCCGCUCGAACCGGCUCGCGUGCCAGCACCACAGCAGCCUGAAGACGUCCAUCAACCGCGAGACCAAAGUCCUGAAGACGCUGUCCGUCAUCAUGGGCGUGUUCGUGUGCUGCUGGCUGCCGUUCUUCGUGCUCAACUGCGUGGUGCCGUUCUGCCACAACAAGCCGUCCGCGGGCCUGCCGUGCGUCAGCGACACCACGUUCGACGUGUUCGUGUGGUUCGGCUGGACCAACUCGUCGCUGAACCCCGUCAUCUACGCCUUCAACGCGGAGUUCCGCAAGGGCUUCUCCAGCCUGCUGGGCUGCCGGAACCGCUGCCGGACCCCGGUGGAGACGGUGAACAUCAGCAACGAGCUCGUGUCCUACAACCAGGACACGCUCUUCCACAAGGAGGUGGCGAGCGCCUACGUCAACAUCAUCCCGAACGUGGUGGACGACACGUUCGACCGCAUCUCCCGGCUGUCGCGGGGCAACGACGACGAGGACGACGUGUGCACGGACUCGGUGUGCGACCUGGAGUGCGAGGCGGACGGCGCGUUCACGCCGAACGGCAUCCGCUGACCGGGACGCGGGAGACUACGCGAGCGCUUCGGAAAAGUAGCUCGCGCGUCACGCGCACAGUUGUCGUCAUAUGACCGCACUGCCGUUCGAUCCGGUCCUGUGGAGAGAAACAUCAUCAUCAUCAUCAUCAUCAUCAGACGUUCAGCAGCUCCUAGAUCAGGAUGUUCCCGGCUGGAGGAUUUUCUCACACGUCUCGUAACGGAGCCUGAAGAGCCGCAGUGGGAUUUCAGUGAAAAUCGACUCGCGUUUCACACCAAACCAGCGGAUGAAUCAGAUGCAGACACACGGACGGACGGACAGAAUCCAUCAGGACACGCUGGAUGUGAUUUCACAGAGGAACAUCAGACACAUGAGGUCCAUCUGCACAAUCCCAUUAGAAACACAAUUACUGCAUAUAAACGUGUGUUUGUGUGUGAAGAUGAUUUACAUUCAGAGCAGCAGAUACAGGAAAUUUUGGAUUACAUGAUUAACAAUUAUAUUCUUGUUUAAUAUUUUUUGGUUUUAGAUUUUGUUUUAGACUUUUUCAGUUUAAACAUCUAAACAUCCUUAAAUCAAGACACAUUGACUGGAGAAGCAAAAUGAAGAAAUUAAGUCUUGUUCUCUGAAAGGUUUAUAUGAAAAAAUUAAGUAAGUUUAUAAUUAAGCCUCUAGAGUUUUGGGGUCAUUUUUGACCAAAAGAAAAAAAAAAAUUGUUUUGGUUUUUAAAAUUUUUUAGUUGGUUAGAAAUUUAUGAAACUUGGUAAAGGUUUUGGCACUUUUUUAUGUGAACACACACACACACACACACACACACACACACACACAAGAAAAUCUUGCUCAUUUUUUGAGAUGUCAACCUCAACUUUGGAACACAACUUGUUCAGAUUUUCACACAGUUUUAGAGUAAAGCGUGCUCUGGAUAUAUAUUUCAUGUAAUAUAUUCACUUGCUGUUUUGUUACCAGUGCAGUA